UGUUAGAAGUCAAAAAUUGAAACUAAAACAUGUCAAAUAUCACCAAAAAGCCUUCCCUUGAGUGUCCAAUUUGUAGACAAAUGUUUUCAACUCUAUCAACAAUGAAGUGUCAUAUAUAUUUACACACGGGCGAGCGUCCCUUUAGAUGUUUGAUGUGUGAGAAAAAAUUUAUUCAACUACACCAUGUAAAGUAUCAUUUGUUGACACAUUCUGCUAAGUGUCCUUAUAAGUGCAAUACAUGUGGAAAAUCAUUCAGAUCCAAGGACAAUAUGAAGGCUCAUACAUUAAAUCACACAGGAGAGCGACCUCAUACGUGUAGUAUAUGUGGAAAAUCCUUCAAAACCAGUGAGCGUAUUAAGAUGCAUGCAUUGGUUCACACGGUAGAGCGACCUUAUAAGUGUAAUAUAUGUGGAAAAUCCUUCAAAACUAGGAGGAUUAUGAAAAUUCAUGAAGUGGUUCACAUGGAAGAGCGGCCUUAUAACUGUAGUAUAUGUGGAAAAUCCUUUAAAACUAAGUUACAUAUGAAAAUUCAUACAGUGGUCCACACCAGAGAGCGACCUCAUUCGUGUAUUAUAUGUGGAAAAGCCUUUAAAACCAGUAACAGUAUGAAGAUUCAUACAUUACUUCACACUGAAGAGCGACCUCAUAAGUGCGCUAUAUGUGGAAAAUCCUAUAAAACUAGGAAAAGUAUGAAGACACAUACAUUACAUCACACAGAAGAGCGACCUCAUUUGUGUAGUAUAUGUGGAAAAGCUUUCAAAACCGAUAUCGAUAUGAAGAUACAUACAUUGGUUCACUCGGGAAAGCGACCUUAUAAGUGUACUAUUUGUGGAAAAUCCUUCAAAACUAGGAACAAUAUGAGAAAUCAUACAGUGGUUCACACGGAAGAGCGACCUUAUAAGUGCACUGUAUGUGGAAAAUCCUUCAAAACUAGGAGCAAUAUGCAAAGUCAUACAGUGGUUCACACGGAAGAGCAACCUCAUAAGUGUACUACAUGUGGAAAAUCCUUUAUAACCAAAACCAAAAUGAAGCGUCAUUCAUUGAUUCACAUGGUAGAGCGACCUUAUAAGUGUAAUAUAUGUGGAAAAUCCUUCAAAACUAGGAGGAUUAUGAAAAUUCAUAAAGUGGUUCACAUGGAAGAGCGGCCUUAUAACUGUAGUAUAUGUGGAAAAUCCUUCAAAACUAGGAAGAUUAUGAAAAUUCAUACAGUGGUUCACACGGAAGAGCGACCUCAUAAGUGUAGUAUAUGUGGAAAAUCCUUCAAAUUUAUGAGCUCUAUGAAGAAGCAUACAUUGGUUCACACCGGAGAGCGACCUCAUAAGUGCACUAUAUGUGGAAAAUCCUUCAAAACUAAGUUCCAUAUGAAAAUUCAUAUAGUGGUUCACACCGGAGAGCGACCUCAUUCGUGUAUUAUAUGUGGAAAAGCUUUCAAAACCGAUAUCGAUAUGAAGAUGCAUACAUUGGUUCACUCGGGAGAGCGACCUUAUAUGUGUACUAUAUGUGGAAAAUCCUUCAAAACUAAGAACAAUAUGAGAAAUCAUACAGUGGUUCACACGCAAGAGCGACCUUAUAAGUGCACUAUAUGUGGAAAAUCCUUCAAAACUAGGAGCAAUAUGCAAAGUCAUACAGUGGUUCACACGGAAGAGCGACCUCAUAAGUGUACUACAUGUGGAAAACUCUUCUCAAAUAAAUCAAAUAUGAAGCGACAUUCAUUGAUUCACAACGGAGAGCGACCAUAAGUGUUCUAUUUUGUGGAAAAUCCCUCAAAUCUAAGGACAAUAUGAAGACUCAAACAUCAUAGUACGUACAGGAGAGCGACUCUAUAAGUGUACUAUAUGUGGAAAAUUGUUGCAAAUUAGAAGCAUUAUGAAGAAACAUACAUUAAUACACUACGGAUAGCGACCUUAAGUAUAAACUAUAUAGGAAAUCCUAUAAAAGUAACAAAACAUGAAGCAACAUACACCAGAGAGUUGCCUCAGUGGAAAAUCCCUCACUGCCUACAGGAAAAUAAAGAAACAUACAUUAGUUAGUUCACUCCGGAGAGCAACCUUAUAGGUGUUACUAUGUGCAGAAGGCACUUUGCAUGCCAAAGCUAUAUAAACAAACAUUCUUUGGUUCAUAUUAGAGAGUGAUCCAAAAGUGGAGAGCAUGCGGAAAAUCCUUCUAAACCAUCUUCCCAUAUAUGGAAAAACUUUGGGUGCAAUAUGUUUAAUUAAUCACGAAUCAUUGCUCAGAAAAUCCAGAAGAUCCAGAAAACCCAUUAAUGUUAAAAUUUAGUCACUUUUUCUAUUUUAUUUACAUUUUCAUAAAUAUUAUUUUAUUUUAUUGUGCUAAUUUGUCCCUACUCUUAGUAUCAAGACUGGCUUUUACAGAAUUUCAGUAACACUCAUUAUCUGUACAGGUUAUAAAAACGUAUGUAGUGUUGAUUUAUCAAAUGUUUGUACUGUAUUAUAUUUCCAAUGAAAACUAGGGGCUUGUUCCCUUGUAGGGAUAUAAGUCCCUAAAAAGCUCAAAUUUAAUACAAAUUAUUGUAUUAUAAACUCAUAAUCAAAUUAUAGAUAUAAUUUGAUUAUGAGUUAUCUAAUUGUCAGGAUUGGAUAUCCCCAUACUGUACACUAUAUCGUUUGUGUAAAAAACUGUUUGUUUACUUUAGUUGAUGUUAUUUUCAAUAAAUUUUUUGAAUCAUUCCAGAUGUUUAAAUCUGUUUAAGACAGCAAACAUAAUUGUUUGUGAAAUACUGGUUUACUAAGGUAGCUUUGGUCUUGUAGUUACUAAUAAAAAAGGCUUCAGUGAUUAGAAUUUUGAAAAUUAUCUUUGUGAAAUAUAAUUGUGUGUUGAGAUAGGCCUAAGCUUAGUUCUUGGGUAGCCCCGGUAAAUUAGCAUCCUGACCCAAUCAUUAUUAAUUCUAAUUGCAUACUCCUUUUGUAAAGGUUUAACAAAAUUAGUGUAAAGGCAUCACAUUGACCAAACUCAUCUCCAGAUUUGUUUCUGAUCAACAUAAAAAUAGAAACUACUCUUUGUGUAAGUGUAUGUAGUGGUAUUCUUCCUUAAGCUGAAAAAACAAAAAUAUAUACGUCUAAUAACACUAGUAAUAGUAUAUUUACACUUUUACUGUUGACUCACUCAUGUAAAAUGGUAAGCGGUGAUCAAUUUCGACUCCAAUCAUCAUCAUAACCAAACAUUCGUCUAUAGGGUCUGAUGAUGAUUGGAUUGUCCAAUCAAAAUCGAUCCCCAAUUACCAUCUUUCAUAUGUAUUUUCCGUCU